AUGACAGACGCCUGGAAGCUCCACAUCACACCAAAUGGCGAUCGGUUGGAGAACCAGAAGUCUGGCGACAAUUUCUUGGUUGUUUGCCAAGUACAAGAAUAUGAUGGGCCCGCAAGCGAUGUGAAAAUUGAUUGGUAUAGGAAAGGAACGAAGAUUCAAUUCGGAAGGAUUAUGACCGUCGGGAAACCAAACGCCAGCCAGUUGAUGAUUAUCAACGCCAAGAAGGACGAUUCCGACGAUUUCGUCUGCAAGGCCGAGAUCGCUGGGGAGACCCAAGAGACCUCAGCCAAGAUCAACUUCAUCCAAGCACCAAAGUUCGUCGAUGCCCGCCUCGAGCAACACCCCGAAGAAGGAAAAGCCGCCGAAAUUGUCUGCCGCGUCACCGGCGAACCCCAAAUGGAAGUCUUCUGGCAGUUCAACGGCAACACCCUCGAUGAAUCAUCUCCUCGUGGCUACGAAUUCAAGGAAAACAAUCAGAUCCUUGUAAUUCCUAACUACGACUCGAAGAAGGAUGACGGUCAUUACCUUUGCAAUGCUGCCCAAUUCAGCUCUUUCGAAACAUUGACUAUUAAUGUGUCUGGAUACUCCCGCCCAAUCAUCACAGUUUUCGACGGCCCAACCAACAACCGAGGUUUCGAAGGCCACUCCGUUCAAUUCAAAUGUGGUGCUAUCGGCAAACCAAUGCCCACCUACAAAUGGUUCCGCGGCGAGACUAAUGACGAAAUCGUCAAAUCCGACAUCCACUCCGUCGAAGAUGGACUUCUUGUCAUCCAUUCUCUAAAUGGCGGUGACAACGGAGAUUACCGGUGCGAAGCCACAAAUGCCAUAGGAAGUGACGCCAAGACUGCUACCCUCUCUGUCUACUUGAGGCCUAAAGUCGAACGUGUUGCCAACCACACCAAGGAAUCCGGCGAAAGCGUCGAAAUCGUCUGCCGAUAUGCUGGAGAAGGCAACCUGAAAGCCAAAUUCAUCCAUGGGGACCAGACAUACAAGGUCGCCUCUGAGGAGGAAGAGACUGAGGAAAAGCUUAUGGAUGAGGAGGAUGAGGCCGAGACUGAGGAGGCUGAGCAUGAGCCUGAGAACCUAGCGGCCCCUGAGAAUGAAGCUACCAACGAGGAAGAAGAGGAUGAUGAGAAGGAAGAGAAAACCGAAGAAGCGGAGGAUAAUAAGGAAGAUGAGGAGAAAAAGGAGGAUGAAGACGAGGGGAACAACGAAGAGGGUGAUGAUAAAGAGCAGGACAAGGAAGAAGACGAAGAUGAGAAAGCUGAAGACGAGAUGCCUGACGUUAGCGAGGCUGAUCAUGAAAACCAAGAUCAAGAGAAUGAUCAUGACGAUGAAGCCGGUGCUGAAAACAAGGAAGACGAAGAAGACGUUACGCCAAAACCAGGCCAUCAUGAAGAUGAGACUCCAGAGGAAAACGAUAACGAUGAUGGCGAUAAUACCAAUGACGAUGAGCACGAGCAAAAAGAAGAGCAUGACGACCGUGCCCAUGAUGAUUCCGGACAUCCAAUCGCUAUGGAUGAAGACGUGACCGACGAGGAAAAUGGCCACCUAAUUGAUGCUGGAGAUCUUGCUCGCUGGAAGCGUGAUGUGCAAACCGGAAGGGUUUCGAUCCAAGAUGAUGGCAAACAAAUUACCCUGUCGAUCCGGGAUGUUUCUUUAAACGAUGCUGGUCUUUACCAAUGCGUUGUUGAGAACGAGGCCGGGCCUAUCACACGCAACAGCAUUUUGGCUAUUACCCAUGCUCCUAUCAUCAAGAAGCACUCCCGUGAAACCAUCCGUACAUUUGAUGACAAUGAAGUCGAGCUCUUCUGCGAAGGCAAGGCUGUCCCUGAGCCGAACUGGACCUGGGAGAUCAAUGGAGAUGAGGUUGAAGCCGACGGCGUCCUUGUUCGUAUUAACAACACCGCUACCCGAAGUGCUGUGAUCAUGCGUAUGGCCAAGGGUCGAUACGGUACCUACACUUGCCGCGCUUCAAACGGCGUUGGCGAACCCGCGACAAAGCAAUUCAAUGUUAUUGAAGUUGUGGUUCCGGCUGUACCCUCGGAGCUCAGUUGCCAAGAGCAUGUCUACCCUAACUAUGCUGCUUGCUCUCUAUCCGCGGAACAGUAUGCUGACGAGAAGUCGAAGCCAUCAGAGGUUGAAUUCGCAUAUGCCCCAUCCGAUGAUGUUGAGUCCGACUUCGACUGGGAGAAAGACUCGGUCCGUCAACGCGUGAACUACACCGAGAAGAUGAGGAUCACCGGCCUCAAGCCGAACUCAGCCUACAUCAUCCGUGCUCGUGCCAUCAACGAAGCUGGAGCCAGUGAUAUGGGAGUUCAGGGAACAAUCGAAACUACGGACCCAUGGGCCCCCGAGAAGCCUGAGAGCAUCACUGUCAACUGUGAUACUAGCUGCACUAUCGGAUGGCUGGAGCCAAAUGAUCAUGGAGCUGAAUUGAGCGGGUACAAGAUUGUCGUCCGCGAAUUCGAAGAUAAUGUUGAGACCACUGAACGCGAAUACGUCGGGUCUAACCUGGAGAUUGAUGUUGCUGCUUCGGAUGAAGCCGUCGAGCUGACGCAGCUGAAGCCAAACACCAAAUACGAGAUUUCCGUUGUGGCCGAGAACUCUAUCGGCGAAUCGCAGCCGUUGAUUUCUGUCUUCGAAACCCCGGAAACGGUUGUUCCGGUGCUCAGCAGCGGAUUUACAAACUUCCACAUUAUGAUCAUCGUCGGCGUUGUGCUGCUCGUUCUGUUCUUGCUUGUCGAUCUAAUCUGCUACGGUACCAACCGAUGCGGACUUAUCGCCUGCAUUUGCGUCAACUGCUGUGGCAAGAACCCUGAUCGGUCGAAGGAUAAGGACCUCGAGUCGGGCCGACCUGAAUCGAACCGACUGCUCUCCGAUUCGAGCUGGAACGUUUCUAUUCGUUGCAUCUUGACACUAUCUCCCGGCAUGGCUCAACGCUUUUCAUUGAGCAUCAGCCGCGAUCGUCUCAAGUCUCCGCUCGUCUCCGCUGUG